GGUUUUGUUGGUGCGAUCAUUAUUUAAAAAUCUCUACAAUCCUCUUGAAAUAAUGGGUCCUCGAACGAAACCUAAGAAGCUUCAAGCCAGAGAAUGUCGAUUGUUACAAGAUUUCAUCAUCCCUUCUCUAAAAGAUCGAAGAUUCGGAUCAAGAUUAGAGUGGGAUCAUGAGGUUGCUAAGGUGUUUUGCAUCCGAUGGAUUCAUAAAUCAUCACGGAACUGGACGACUGAAGAUUCUGACGUUUUUGUUGCAUGGGACAAAAUGAAAGGUCGGCAAGCCCCGUUGUCACACCAAGAUCACGUGAACUCCAAACAAAGAUUGAGAGCAGCACUGAGAAACAUAAAGAAUGUAAAAGAAGUCUCUUGUCGUGAUGGAUACAGAAAAUAUUCAUUUGCUGAUUUACCAUUAGAAGUAUAUCAAACUCAAAUUGUACAACCUGGAAAAAAUGUUCAAGAUGCCAACACGUGCAUGAAUAGUAAACCUCGAGAAAAAAGAAUUUCUUCUAAAUCUAAAGUUCUAUCAGCAACUAAAGAAAAUGAUACUAUUAAGUCUGUCUCGCCUUCUGAGCCACCACCAGGUACCGAAUUAAAAUCAGAUGUUUCCUGCACAGAAAAAAAUAAGAACGUUGAAAAAAAGCAUACGAAUAAUUUUUCCGAGCAAGCUCUUGACGAGAAUUUGUGGCUACCACAGCGAAUUCUCAGACCUAGAAAAGCGAAACCAAACAUGACUCAGAAUGAAAAAGAAUUGGAUGAACUGAUCGGUCCAGAAUUACCAAUAAAGAAAAACUCACGAAAGGGGAACAGAAAGAAGGAGCAAGAUCUUUCUUAUAAAUGUAAUAUGAAUCAUAACUUUUAUUGUCCUUCCCCGUUGCCAAUGAAUUCUAAUGAAAACAACUGCCUCUCUGCUAUCCAAGAUCAUGAUUAUUUCUUAAAAGACAAUGAUAAGCAUUCAAACAGGGUCACAACUCUUUCCUCUGAUAAGAUUGAUUUUAAAGUUACGAAGAAAACGUUAGAUCGAAAAAAGAAUAUCACGUUACUUGUGGAAAAUAUUGGUAAUGACUGUGGCACUACUUCAGUAGGUGAAAAGAACCUCGACUUACCAGUGGAUAAUGAUAAAAGCUAUGAAACAGCUAAAGAAGAGGAAAAUAAAUUUACCUUUGCAGUGGAUCUAAAUAAUUCAUGUUAUCAGUCAAAGGUACAAGCAAAAAUCAACAAUACCACCUUCGUAGGGGAUAAAAAUUUGGCAAGAUCUGAUUCCGCAUUGAAAAACGAAAAUAAAAAGGUUAACUUUAUCGAAAACAAGAAGCAGAAACGUGCUCAAAAAACUAAAAAAAAUUCAUUGGAAGGCCAUGGAAAGAAACAUGUGCAUGAAAAUAACAAAACUUGCAAGAAUACUGAAUGUUUUCUUACUGAAAGUGGCAUCUCCGAAAAUGAUAAACCGUGUGACAGCGAAGAUGUCAAUGUGACAGCAAAGCAACAAAUAUGGCAUAAAAUUAAAAAUCCUCAUCAACAUGAAAACAUGAUAAAUACCUUUAAAAGCAGCGACGGAUGGAAUUCGGAAUGUGUUAAGUUCACUAAAGAUAAUAAUGCGUUGAAUCAAAGAAAAUGGUAUGAAGUAAUUGGCACGGAGGAACAUUCAAAGAUGGAAUCAGCAGAAAGCCAGAAGUUAAAAAAUGAAAUGAAACGUGAAGAAAUAAAUGACUUUGAACCACAACCUCAAAAUGAAGUAAUUUUCUUGAAUGAAAUCAAAACAGAGAAUAAAGAGCCAUACUUCCCAGCACCAAAUUUUGACGCAGAUGUUAUGUUUGAUUGUUUUGAUGAUGACAGUCAAGGAUUCACCAAUAUUAAAAUCCCAGAGGCAGGAAACCAAGAUCUCAUUCAGUCCAAUUUCAACAGCAAUUUGUGUUGUAAAUUUGGCUUUGCGUCAUGGAUUAAUGAUUACACACUGAAUGACAUGGACAAAAAAGAGAUUGUGAAAAAUGAGCCAGUGGAUGUUAUGAACAGCAAUUAUGUUGAUGUAAAAACAGACUUUUCAAGCAAGGCAUAUAACGAUUAUUCGUCAUUAUUAUCUGCCGGAAGCUUAAUGAAAUGCAUCGAAGAAUUUCCCCAGGAGUUUAUGGAGCUUUUAUAAGUGAGAAAACACUAAAAGAAUACCAAAUACAAAGGACAGUAGUUACGAAACUUCUGCUAAGUUUUGUAAAAUUUUACUGACUUUUACUGAUCUAUUUUAAGGAACAACUACUUUUCUCGAUACUAUUUUUAUUUGCUUAAUUGUUCUGAACAAGUGUGUUGAUGUAACUUUAUUUUUCUCAUCAUAUUAACAAAAGAAGAACUUUUUUAAUUUUUUAUGAAAUCUUUUGCUUGAUUUCUUUUUCCAUAAAUUACUUAAAAUUUAUAUUCAUAUAUAUAUAUUUCAAUUAAAUUGAUUAUUAUAAAUCAAGUUGAAUGAAUAAGAUAAUGGAAAAAUCAUCUUUAAUUCUUAAAAAUUGAAGAAAAAUGAAUGAAAAAUAAUAAUGGUAAAGCUUUCCAUUCCAUUUAUAAGUUGUGUAUAAAAUUGAUUCGUAAAAAUAAGAAUAUGUAUAACUUAUAAAUCGGAUUAUUUUGAUGAAAAUGAUAAUAGAAUAUUAAAAUUAAAUUAUUCGAGUUAAAAAGGAAAAAUUAUCGAAUCUGUUUUUAAAAAAUUGCAUAUUAAUUCAUUAUAAGUUGAAUUUCGAACAAAAAAUAAUGAUGGCGGAACUCUAAUUCACAAAAAAUGCGCUUGUAAGCUACUAAAUAAAUUGAUUCGUCAAAAUGAGCAUAUGUUUGAUUUAUAACUCGAAUUAUUUUAAUUAAAAUAGUAAGUAUGAAAAAAAUCUAAUUGAAUUAAUUUGAUUUGAAAAAAGAAAAUUAUAAAAUCUGAUUCUUUAAAAUUAUUCUUAAAAAUUACAUUUAAAUUGAAAGACUAAAUUAUGUUUUCGAUAAGAAGAUAGUGAUUAUAGAAAUCUGAUUUGCAAAGAAUACAUUAGUAAGUUUCGAAAUAAUGGAUAAGUAAAAAUGGGCAUAUGGCUUAUAUUUCGGCUUAAUUUAAUAGAAUUAAUAGAAUGAUUAUCAGAAAUCAAAAUUUAUUAAUUCGAUUUAAGGGAAAGAGUUCUGAUAAUCAUAUUAAAUCAAGUUGUUGAAGGAACAAGUAUGUUGUUUAAUAAAUAUGUCUAAUAAUUCAAAGUGUGUGUUUCUGUUAAAAAGUUUUCUGUUCAAAUUAUUUAGUCAGAAUACAUAAAUAUAUGGUAAAUUCGUUUUCUUUAGUUUGUGAGACUUCAAAUAUUCUUAAACAUGUAAUAGAAUUCAUUUCAAAAUCUCGAGUUUCCCGAAAAAAUGAAAUUAACAUAUCUCACUUUCAAUUACAUGCUUUUUU